AUGUCGUCUUGGAUGGUCAAAUUGGUGACUCAAAGGAUUUUCAGAGAGUCGCACCUUAACAAAUUUGGAACUGAAGAUCCUUAUUACGAGGAAACAAUUGUUUCUUCAGGUGAUCCUACAAAGCCUGACAAGGUCAAGAAGAUACGCAAGAGAACAGCACCAAAAGGGCUUUCUGAGAACGAUGAAAAGAUCUUUAUAAAGAUCAGAAGACGAGCUUACCAUCUGGAUAUGCUAUUCAAUGUUUGUGGGAUCCGAGUGGGAUGGAAUGGGAUCAUCAGUCUGUUACCUGUGGUAGGUGAUGCUCUCUCGGUUACUUCAUCAUUGAUGAUCUACAAGAUGUUGUUUGAUCUUGACGAAAAGGUUCCGUUGACCAUCCAUGCUACUUUCCUCUUCAACAUACUGAUUGACUUUCUGAUUGGUCUGAUUCCUAUUGUUGGUAGCAUAGUGGAAAUUGGAUACAAGGCCAAUAGCAGAAACUCGUUAUCCCUUGAAAAGUAUUUGGAGAAAGUUGGAGCAAAAAACCUCAGCCAAUUGCAAAUGUUAACGGAUCCUAGUAAUAGAACCAACGUGAACGAUUCUGCUUUCAAGAAGAAGUCCGGAUUUGGAUCUAUUUACAACAAGUUCCGCAACCAGAUUGCUCCAAAUGAGGCCCCAGCCCAAUCCGGUGUUUCUGACAACAGAAGCGUCAAGUCAAUUUCGUCUGCGAUCCCACACAAUCGUAAAAAGAGCUUUGAUGAACUUGAUCCCCAAGAGGUCAUUCAGAGACACAGCUUGACUGCGCACGAGCCAAUCACGAAUGAGAAGGCAAAAUUCAACAGGUAG